AUGAGCCUUGAUAAGCAUCUAAUCACUCAGCCAACAUGGCCAUCUCUGGAUUCGCGACCGCUUCCGGCUUGGUAUGACGAGUCGAAAUUCGGUAUAUUUUGCCAUUGGGGAGCGUAUUCAGUACCAGCUUACAAGGAGUCAGCAUGGCUCUGGUGGUACUGGAAAGGUAAUAAACCCGACAAAGACGUCGCCAGUUACAUUGAACGCAAUUAUAAGCCAGGCACGACGUAUGCCGAUUUCGCAAGAGAUUUUACUGCUGAGCUAUUCGACCCUAAGGAAUUUGCAGACAUCGUGAAGUCAUCUGGAGCGAAGUAUUUCGUCCUAACUAGCAAGCAUCAUGAAGGAUUUACUCUAUGGCCAACAAGAACUAGCUGGAAUUGGAACUCUGUCGAUGUAGGUCCGAAAAGAGAUAUCGUUGGAGAACUCAAGGAUGCCUUCAAAGGGACCGACAUUCAUUAUGGACUCUACUUCUCACUGUUUGAAUUUUUUCAUCCAAUGUAUCUUGAUGAUAAGAAGUACAAUACUACAGCUUAUGUUGAGCAAGUUUCCUACCCACAACUGUUAGAAAUCGUGAAUCGUUACAAACCGGAAGUAGUUUGGAGUGACGGUGAUUGGGAGAAAAGCGACGAAUACUGGCGAAGCAAAGAAUUUCUAGCUUGGCUGUAUAACACAAGUCCUAUAAAAGACAACGUUGUGGUCAAUGAUCGCUGGGGUCAGGGAUCGAUUGGCAAGCAUGGAGGCUUCCUUACAUUUUCUGAUCACUUCGAUCCAGGUAAAUUAAUCAAGAGGAAAUGGGAGAACUGCAUGACAUUGGACAAAUUUGCAUGGGGAUCCAGGCGAACAAUGAAGAGCAGCGAUGUCCAUACUGUUCACGAGCUCAUUGAACAGUUGGCGAGGACGGUGUCAUGUGGUGGAAACCUCCUGCUAAAUGUUGGUCCUGACAUGCACGGCAAAAUACCUCCCAUUUUUGAAGAUCGACUAAGAGAGUUGGGCAGGUUAGUGCAUAGAUUUGGCAGAUCUCUCAUAAAGCAAGCUACGAAAAUCAAUGUCCCAUUGAGUGACUGAGU